AUGUCUCGUCACCAGCCCUACGUUGAUCCUGGCGAAAUCCACCAGGCCAUUGGAUCGGACUACUCGAGGUGUCACGCCACCCUCCCAGCGGAGGGCUUGCCGUCAUACACCCCGAACCCUCAGGAGCUCACUCCUCCGACCGGAUAUCCCAGGCCAGAUGCGUCGGCCUGCGGAGUCUAUAGCGCUGACCCAGGGCAGGAAAGCUAUGCAAGCUACGCCUAUCCGCCAUAUACGCCAGAAAUGUCACCGCUGGCGAUGGCAGGCAUGGACGAUGCCAUCUCCACUCGCAAUGGGUUGAACAUCUCGAGGAGACUGCGCUCUGCCGACUCCCACCAUGUUAGGCCAGGCGGGGUCGAGAAGAGGCGCAAGCCGGCAAAAAGCGGAACAAAACAGGUGUCGCUGAAGAAGCACAUCUCGCUGCAGCGGCCCCUAAGCGAGGUCAUGGAACAGACUGGCAACGUCGAAGUCUCUGAUGUCUUCAACCAUGUUCACCGCCCAAAUGACGUACGAAUGGAUGAGGCGUCGAAAGAGGGCAAAAUCAAGAGGCCUCUGAACGCAUUCCUGCUAUACCGCAAGCACGUCAUUGGCUAUGUGAAGAAGGAGCUUUUGGGCGAGGAGAACAAGAACAACCAACAGCUUGUGUCUCGAAUCUGCGGCGACUCGUGGAAGAUGGAGACGGACGAGGUCAAGAGCAACUUCAAGAAACUAGCACAGGCGGAGAAGACCAGGCACGGGCAGGCGUUCCCAACUUACAAGUACACCCCGAAUACAGGCAAGAAACGGGACACCGACGACAUCCGCAAGCCGGAGCGGAGCAAGUCGGCGGGCAGCGGCAUCAGGCCCGCCACGGCGUCUAGCGUCGGAGAACGCUUCGGGACAUCAUCGCCUCACAUGGCCGGGACGGGCCAAUACAACUUUGGGUUGCGUUCCGAAGCAGCGAUCAUGGCACAGCGAGGCCUGUACGGCGAGGACGCAUACGGCAACAUGCAACCUCUCGCUACGCUCUAUGGACAACACUAUCCUGGUCAGCAAGUGUUGUUUGCAAUGCCUGAACUUGGACACGGAUGGAGCCAGGAGUUGCCGCCGGUCGGCAGCUGCGCGUCUGAGCCGCAUUCACAGGUCGAACUGCCAAUGAACGCACAUCUGCGCGGGAUUCCGAGCUCUUCCGCGAACCUUUACAUCGACCCGUCGCUGUUACCGGGAAUGGGAGAGGCGGCACACCAGUUGCUUCCUCGUGAAGACGGGCUGCAAGGCCACCACGUGUGGCAGACAUACAGAGAGACGGCUGACGGCAUGAUGGCCGUGAUGCCAGACCUGGAUGUCAAUGGCGCGCACAACGCAUACCUCAGGGGAGGGCAAGAAGACUGGCACGUUGAGCCACUCGACGACACGAGUCAUUUCAGCGACUGGAUGGCGCAGGAAGAUAAUAGCGCAGGAACCUAA